GUUACCGGCCAGCAGCAGCAGCAGGCACCGCUGAGCAGAUGUUACCGUGAGAGAGAGACGCUGUUAACCGCCGCCGCCGCUGCUGCAACAAGAGACAAGACGCGUCUUGGAUCACAAAUAGGGGAUGCAGGGCGCAUGCGCAGUGGGUUCCGUUUACUGUAGGAUAUUCACGGUGGAGGCAGAAAAAAAGGGGGCAGGCAACAAAGCAGGCUUUUUAAAACGGCGAAAAGCACGAUUUGUGCAAUGUAAAUAGCGAUCAGGAGGGACACGAAAUUGGAUUGUCAACAGGUAGGGUUUUGGUUGAUCUUAUGGUCGACUGUCUCUCUCGUUCUCUCAUCUUUUUUUCUCUUUUGGCCUUGUCUUGUGUGGUGGAUGCGAUUCCAGCCAAACCAUAGCGGAGACUUGGAAAUUAUUCUAGUAUAAUGGACAUGCGGAUCCGCUACACCGUUGUGCUUCAUCCGGCCGACUGGGACGCAAAGGCGAUUAUUUAAUUCUGCUCCGUGUUUAACUAAAUUCUAUCGGAUUCAAACGCGCAUUUAAAAAGAGAGAGACCACUCGACUCACGGAGGACACAUUUAAAUGCGGAUUUUUUUUUUUUAGGUGUGAUGAGACAAAGGAACAAAGGAUGCCUUAGAGGAGAGGUUGCCUAUACGCCUGGAAACCUCUUCAAAGCACACCGCCAAAUGGAUCUAACGCCUCCCCCUGCCACCUCUAGAUCAUGAUACUUGGCUGAAGCUAUUCCGCUAUCUUUAUGAUCCCUCCUCCAUCUAUGGCGAACUAUAGCCAUGCAGGGGACCACAACAUCUUGCAGAAUGUCUCUCCUCUCACCACGUUCCUCAAACUGACCUCUCUGGGUUUUAUCAUUGGAGUCGGUGUGGUCGGAAACCUCCUGAUCUCCAUCCUGCUGGUCAAAGACAAGAGCCUGCACCGAGCGCCCUACUAUUUCCUGUUGGACCUGUGCGCCUCUGACAUCCUGCGCUCCGCCAUCUGCUUCCCUUUUGUCUUCACCUCAGUCAAGAAUGGGUCUGCCUGGACCUACGGCACGUUGACCUGCAAAGUGAUCGCCUUCCUGGGUGUGCUCUCCUGUUUCCACACGGCUUUCAUGCUGUUCUGUGUCAGUGUCACCCGUUACCUGGCCAUCGCGCACCACCGUUUCUACACCAAGAGGCUGACUUUCUGGACGUGUUUGGCUGUCAUCUGCAUGGUGUGGACGUUGUCUGUGGCUAUGGCGUUCCCUCCGGUGCUAGAUGUAGGGACGUACUCUUUUAUCCGGGAGGAGGACCAGUGCACAUUCCAGCACCGUUCCUUCAGGGCAAAUGAUUCGCUGGGCUUCAUGCUUCUGCUGGCGCUCAUCCUCCUGGCCACACAACUGGUUUACCUCAAGCUCAUCUUUUUCGUCCACGACCGUCGAAAGAUGAAGCCCGUCCAGUUCGUGCCUGCCGUCAGCCAGAACUGGACCUUCCACGGCCCAGGUGCCAGCGGGCAAGCGGCAGCUAAUUGGCUGGCUGGAUUUGGAAGAGGCCCCACCCCACCUACUUUGCUGGGCAUCCGGCAGAACAGCAAUGCAGCGGGCCGCAGGCGUCUACUGGUAUUGGAUGAAUUCAAAACCGAGAAGAGGAUUAGUAGGAUGUUCUACAUCAUGACGUUUUUCUUCCUGGCACUGUGGGGGCCCUACCUGGUUGCCUGCUACUGGCGGGUGUUUGCAAGGGGCCCCGUUGUCCCUGGAGGCUACCUGACAGCAGCCGUGUGGAUGAGCUUUGCCCAGGCUGGGGUCAAUCCUUUCAUCUGCAUCUUCUCUAACAGAGAGCUUCGGCGUUGCUUCAGCACCACACUCCUCUACUGCAGAAAAUCCAGGUUACCAAGGGAACCCUACUGUGUUAUAUGAGGGUUUUUUUUCUCAUCUAUGUCUCUAUUGCCCUGAUUGAUCUUGAUCUGGGUUUGCUCCCAUUGUACAGCGUACUCUCUCUUUCUAUCUCCCUUCUCUUCAUCCUCCAGUUUCCUCCUGUUCCUCCUUCUCCUGGCCCUUCUUUACAGAGGUUGAAGGUGGACUGCCAAUCACGUGGCUGUGCUGGGGCGAUUGAAUCUAAAUCGUAUCACACACGGAGGCUGAAGGGAAUGGGAAUAACGCAGGGGGAAUGGAUCACCUCCUGUGUUUAUGUUCUAGUAAACAGACAUUGUGGAAGGCCAUGCCAAUGCAGAGAUGCAAAAAGUUGAAAGAAAAAAAAAAGAGAGAGCGAUUUGACAAAACAGUGAAAACAAGACGUCUUGCUUGGGAUAAUUUGAAGACACGUUAUUCUGUGAGGUGUGAAAUACGUAAGUAUGAAAAGAAAAAGAAAAAAAUAAUAACACAAAACAAAGAAAUGAUACCUCUCAAGGAAUCACUGGAAAUGUUUUACAUUUUAAGAGUUGCACUAAAAAGAAGAUGUAAAGAUGCUUUUUUUGGGGGGGGGUCGACAGUUGCAUUGCAAGGACAACUUUUUUGUUGUUUUUUCCUUCUCCCCCCUCUCCCUCCAAACUAAACAAUGAAUGCUUUAAUUUGCAACAGACUACACAACCGCUGUAAGUAGAGCAAAAACUGUUGGAUUACACCAUCACAAGAGGAUAAAAUGGUUUUAAUGUAAGUGAUAUCUCUUUCAUUUACCGGGCAGGGGGCUUAAUGAUGGGGGAUUUACAAUGUGUGGUUUUGAAGUUGCAACUUAAAAUCUAGAAAGGAUUUCUUGUAGUUUUAUCCAUAUGUCCCUAGUGUCUGGCAUUGUUAUUUUCCUAACACAUUUUACAAAAAAAAAAAAACCAAAAACAAAAAAAAA